UUCCGAAACCUCGCGCGUGACCUGAGACUUGCUUCAUCAGCAUGGCGCAUGGCGCCCUUCAUCAGGACCUCUUGAUCCUCUUCAUUCAAUUCCUGUCGUAGUUGUGAUUGUCACGACAAGGAAGAAGACGAAUACCUUACUAGCUAGCUAGUAGAGGAGAGAGUCAGAGCUUUUUGGCUUGGUGUACUGUCAUGUGAUCUCUUCACACAACAACCAACAAACAAACAAUAAUCAAAAAUCAACGAUGGGUCUCUUUGCAAGAAGAACCAGGUCAAAUCAUCAUAAUGACAAUGACAAUAAUAAGAUCCAUGCAUUGGCAUGUCGAUUACAAGAUGUUUUGGAUAUGCCAGUUUUGGUCCGCACCAUGUAUCCCGCUGGCAAUCGAUCAUUGGACCCAUCGACCAGUCCGUCGUGUCUGGUAACGAUUCAUCCGUACAGUGCCGGUGGACAACGCCGGUUGGUCCUCAAUCCGUACUCGCCACUCAUACUGGAACUAAUAACGACACAGGACGACAAUUGUUGGAGUUGUGUCUGUCGAUUGGCUCAAUGUAUGGUGACAUCGUGUACGUGGCCAACACCGCUCGAUGCCAUUGCCUGUGGUCGGAUUUCAUGGCCCAUGGCCAAGGGAUUGAUUUGUGGACCGCAUUGGAACUUGUUGGGACCCGUCACUCAUGAAGACUGCAACUUUUUUGAUGUCAACAACUCUAGUAGUAGUAGUGUAUGGCACCCACCGGGGAUUGCCAUUUGGCCGCGCAAGAUUCAUCAUGUGCUUGUACGGCAUGACAAACCAUCCGCUGACAAAGUCGUGACGAGAGUGGGAGAACGAUGGGAACGACGGGAUCAAGUACUCUACCAAGAAUGGAAGGCACUUUUACAAGUACAAAAGAACAAUAGCAACCACCACACUAGUAGUAAAAGCAAGAAACAGCAACAGUCCAACAAGCCAUGUCUAUUAUUGGGAGACAAUCCACUCCAAUUCAUCACGUAUGCACCUGCCUUGCCCAUUCUACUACUGGCACAAUCCAUUCAACAACCAUCCAAUAGCAAUGAUUCUAUCAAUACAGGACGCCUGCGAGAUUGCCAUCCAGCGGAAGCCUUGUCCAUUGCCACCAUGAUAUUGCUAUCGGUGGACAAACUAUUUUGUCUUUCUCUCUUUUUUGGAGUCCCACUCAUUGAUCGGACCAGGACGUGGAAGAGUAGUGUCAAGACACGGCUGGUCGUGCCACCACCACCCACACAAACAGAAAUUGACACGUACCAAGCAUCUCUUGGUCAGCAGCACAACCAGUCACCCCAGUCUGCAUUGCAGGAAACCUUACUGCGACGAGCACGGCAGUUGUGGUCUCUCCAACAACCACUGAUUGUCUGUUGGUCGGGAGGCAUUGAUUCCACGGCUGUCCUUGUGGCGCUCUUGCAGACACGCCCAAACAACAACAAUACUCGUUCGAUUUCCAUUCUGCACGAUGAUGAAUCCAUUCAAGAAAAUCCAUCCUUUUAUGCACAGCACAUUCAAGGAAAAUUGAGCUGUAUUUUACGGCACAACAAAACCUUGUCGGAACUAGCGCAACUAUACGCCGACUCCCAAGCAUCCAUUCUUGUCACGGGAGAAUUGGGAGAUCAAUUGUUUGGAUCCGAUCGGUGUCGGGCGGCCUUUGAUUCUGCACGCGUCGACGAUCAAUUGACACCCGACGAACGCGCGUGUUGUGGAGGUGAUCCUGUCGUCGUAUUGCCGCCGCUCCAAACACCGUGGGCACAAGCCCUGUGGCCCGUCUUGCAAGAACGAGGAUUGCUUGGAAGUACUACAGGGUGGGACGAAUGGAUCCGCCCCCAAUUGGAACAAUCGCCCAUUCCUAUCGUGACACUGUAUGAUUUCUUGUGGUGGCUCAAUUAUUCCGCCAAAUGGCAAACGGUUGCGUUACGGUGUCUUCAUGAUGGAGGGGAUUAUUAUUAUGACAAUCAAGUCAAUGUCAAUAUCAACACCAACAACAACAAUAUGACCGGCGCCAUUCAUCAUUUUUAUCAAGAUCGAGAUUUGGAAUGUUGGGCGUGCAUUCCAGAAAAUCAUGCCACCAAAUUCCCCAAUCUGCAAGAUUGGAAAACGUACAAGCAACCCUUGAAGGAAUUCAUUUACCAAUUUCAUGACGACAAUGAGUAUCGACAACACAAGUGUAAAAUGGGAUCUCUGACAUUUGAAUUGCCGCACAUGCAACAAAAUCGUGUCGAACGCAUUCUCGGAUUGGUGCCCUUGGCGAAUGGCUCCGUCGUGCGAUUGAGCAGUGGGGAAACGUCGCUUUUACACUUGUCACAAGAGGAGUUGCAGCGGUGGAAGAAGAAAACGAACAACAAAGAUGAUGGGGCAUCUAGUAUCGAAUCGGUCGAUGAAUUGUUGGAGGAUUGGAUUUUGAAUUGUACCACCUCCCAACCACCCAUGAACAUUCCCACGGAACACGUCGAUCCGUGGGGCUCAUCUGCGGCCGCUGCCGCCUUUGAGGCGGCUCCUCAAUUUGCCGACACUGACGAACGGCAACGACGGAUCGCCAAUCCCGUCACCCAAACCACGUUGGUCGCCAAGUGUUCGGCGCUCUUACCACCCACGCUGGUCCAAGGAAAGCGUGUACUCGAUUUGGGAGCCUGUUUGGGCGCCAUGUGUCAUUGGUGUUUGUUCCAUGGCGCCCGACAAGUGGUGGGUGUCGAGCCGCAGGCCAAUUUUUGUGAACGCAUGCAACAACUCUUGACGGAUGCGGCUCCCACGUGGCCUGCUACUGGCAGUAAUGGCAGCGAGGAGGAGCGGUUUCGCGUCGUCUGUGCCAAAGCCAAAGAGUUUUUACAGUCUUGCCCAGACGAAUCGUUUGACGUGAUUGUUGUGGCGGGAGUGCUGCAUUGCUUUCAAGACCCCAUUGCGGUCUUGACCGAAAUGGCACGGGUGGCUCCCUGUAUUGUAAUUGAAUCGGUCCAUACCACAUACCACACGUUGGGCUUUCAGCGGAGCAUUGAAUCUCCCAUUUCGACCUGCACGGGGUUGCUCGAAUUGGCUCCGUCGGCGGCUGUCAACAAGGCGGGGGGUGACGUCUCCUUUACCGGAUUGGCCGUGGUACCGUCGGAAUCGUUGGUGCGCAACAUGCUUUCGGCCAUUGGCUACAAUGCUAUUACAAGGGUCACAAUGCAGGGACAUCCCACCAAGCCGGACGAUGUGCUCACGUACACGGGCAAUCGACGGUAUCAGGCAUCUCCCUUGCGCUACUUUCUUCGUUGUGUUCGACCGGCCAAGACCAUUGUCCGCAUGCGCUCUCUAGAAGAAUGUGUUACCACCGGGGUUGGGAAUGAACGAAAGUGGGGGUCGGCAAGGGUUGGAGGGCGUCAUUGGACCAAGUACGAUCACGUGGAAUUCGUCAAAGACGAAGCAGCACACGACAAAAGCGACUCCGUUGUCGAGAAUGGUGAUCAGCCCUUGUCUUCUUCUUUGUCAGCUGCGGACCCUGGUUUAACGGAGAAAACGCCCGGUUCUUGGGCCUUUGAUGAGUCCGUGGCAAGACGAUUCCGGAAUGAGGCCAAAAGCCACAUUCCAGACUACGUCAAUGUCGUGCAAACGUGUUUGGAGUGCAUUGCCAAGCACUUUGGAAGGAAAUCGUUGAAGCACCUUCAUGCCGUGGAUGUUGGGUGCGCGAUUGGGUACACAAUGAUUGAACUUCUGAAAUUCGGCGUCGGCAACGUGUAUGGCUACGAUACUUCGGCCAGCAUGUUGAAGGUGGCAGAGCAAAAUCUAGACGAGGCAACACAACAGAGCAACGGAACGUGGGCAAAGGACAGCUAUCAUUUGUUCCUUGCAGAGGUCAGUACAAAGGUGCCGCCAAAGCCUCCCUCUCGAUUCGACAAGGGCGACUUGGAUGUUGUCGUCAUCAAUUGGACUCUUCACUUCAUUGUCGAGGAGCAAAAUCGCAGAAACUACCUCUGCCAGAUUUACGAGACUCUGAAACCAGGUGGCAUUUUGCUGUUGACAGAAAAGACGCAACAAGAUGACGUGACCAGAGAGCUGUACUAUGACUGGAAAGAAGCUCCACCACAGAAUGUGCCACGAGACGUUAUUGAUGCCAAACGGAGCAAGCUGAAAGGCGUCCUGGAAACUCUGUCGGUGCGCUGGUACCUAGGGACUUUGGAGGCAUGUGGAUUCGAGAACGUCACAGUCCUUCGAGCAAAGUUCGCCUUUGUCACAUUCCUUUGCUACAAACCGCACAGCAUGAUGUCGGAUAAGGUGAUUGACAGCAAGCCCUUCGUAAAGUGGUCAAAUUUGGAAAAGAACGCUGCUGACGUGCACUAUGAUGGCAGCUCUGACCCAGAACCAUUUGUCUUAUCAGCGUGGAGUAAUGAGACCGCGCAGGCGUCAGUGGAGGAGACGGACAGCACUCGAUCAACGUUUGGUUAUGUCUACUCUGGAGAGGCCACCUUGACACGGUCUUUGAAGAGCGGGCGUACAAUCGGCACGCCACUGGUCAGUGGAAUGUAUUUUGCUUGCCACGGCAAAUUCCAACUGACAGGGGGAUCUGGCUUCAUCGCCUCGUCGCCCGCAUCACGUGUCGCUCCACUGUUUACUGUUGGCGGCCCAUUGGAGGAUGAAGGAGAUGGAAGUUUGCUGGGGAUGCUACCAUACAUUGAUGGCUGCACGGACAGUCUUUUGAUCGGGCCAGUUGUCAUGGGAUCCCCUUGCUUGAAUCACUUGCACUUCCCCAACAACAUCAAACAGACACAGCAUACCCAUCCAUCAGCACGAGCUGGCAUGGUGAUUCAUGGAAGUGGGGUCUGUCGUGUAGUUGAUCCUGUCUCGGGUGAUGUUACCUUGAUCCAACUUGAGACCGGUAUGGUCUUCUGCAUUCCUCGCAACUCCCCACAUGCCUUUGAAACUGAGGAGAACGAGAAAUUGGAUGUGAUUGCUUUUCACCCUGACAGUGAUUUUGGCCCCACCCCAACGAAUCAUCCCAUGGUGAACCGCACAAUUGUGAACGGUGUGUCGGCCUCAUUGCUGCCAUCAAUUCAAACCAAAUCAGUCUAAGCGUUUUCGGGACCCGAACUAGUUAGAUGAAUUUAGAAACUCAAGGUAGCCUAUCGUUUAGGCUCGGCCGCACACUAGAUCGGCUACACUGUAGCCACUUUAGGUUAGAGUUGACUCUCACUCAACUGCACACCAGCCGCUCAUGUGGUACCAAUAGACGCCUCUUUUAGAACUUGCUCUACCCUCU